GAUGGAGAAGUUGGUACAGAUGAAAAAAGAAGGGCAGGAAAAUCACCUACUGUGUUGCUGCAGACUCCUACCACUGAAAUGGAGUAUUUUGAUGACCGGAGAAAAGUUGAUGUUGCUAGGACAAAGAGCAGCACAGAUAGUCCACUCCUGGCAAUGGAUCUUAAGAGUGACUCCAAGAUUGAACGGAAAAAACGUGCCUCAAAUCAGCUGAAGGCAAAUGCACACUUUCAUAAGCUGUUUCUAGAUGUUCCCAUUGAUGAGCCACUGAAACAAAGCUUUACCUGUGCUCUGCAGAAAGAAAUUCUGUACCAAGGGAAGUUAUUCCUUUCUGAAAACUGGAUUUGCUUCCAUUCCAAGGUUUUUGGUAAAGACACUAAGAUUAGUAUACCUGUGCUCUCGGUGACACUGUUGAAGAAAACUAAAACUGCCCUUCUUGUGCCAAAUGCUCUGAUCAUAGCAACAGUCACAGAUAGGUACAUGUUUGUCUCCUUACUCUCCAGAGAUACCACAUACAAGCUAUUAAAAUCUAUCUGUAGACAUCUUGAGGAUAUAAGCAUAGGCAACAGUCCAAAUCCCUCUUCUGCAGAAAGCAGCUUCAGAGCUGAUCGUCCCUCAACUCUGCCCUUGGAUUUCAAUGAAGACUAUUCUGAUCUGGAUGGAAUAGUGCAGCAGCGGAGACAAGAAAUGGAAGAGUCUAGCAGCACAGGCUCACAGACCCCAGAGCUGGAAUGCUUCCAAGAUUAUCGUGUCGUUGAAACACAGACUCACUUGAAAGUUUCCAAGACUGAGGCAAAGUCUGUCCGUUCAGAUGCACACAGUAAACGUGGACCUGACGGAAAGGUCCGAAACAGUCCUCGAAAUGGCCAUUCUGAAGCUGAAGCCUUUGGGUUCUUCCAAAAACUGAAAUCACAGAAGCUCUUAUCUCUUAACCACAUACUUGUAUUUUAUGCAGUCCUUGUUUGCGCAUUAAUAUUUUCUACCUUCUACAUGAGAUACAAAAUCAGUGUCCUGGAGGAGCGUCUUAUUUCCAUCACAUCCUUUGAUUCACAUAUUAAGGAGUAAGAUACACUCUGUACAAUU